CGUCGGUCACCUCCUUCGUUAUUGCUGCGCGGCGUUUCAUUGCACAGUUGCGCAUUGCUUACCUGGUCGCGCGCGGAGUCAGGGAUACGGAUUGUUCAUUUAAAAUUCAGGUAUUGAUUAGUUAGUUGUCUCUCUUCGAAGUAUGUUGUCAUGGCGUUGCAUAUGAAACAUGAGGAAACAAAGAAUUGCAAUUCUAAUGAGGAAAAUUUUCUAGGAAAUAUUCAGAGUCCUAUACAAGGUCUAAGAGUGGCAAUUGGAGGACUAGAAAUUAUAUCAUGCCUAAUUGAGAAAAUAAAUAGAGUCCGAGAUUAUGCUAUUGGAAAUGGAACGCACGGAAUAACAAAACACAAAAACAGCAUAAACUUUUCUAUUUUGGAUAAUGCAUUGAACGUAUUCACCGACCUGAAGACUAAAAUUGCUGAAAUAGUCUUACCACCAUACAAUGAAAACAAAGUUAAAAUUAAUGUUGAAAACAAACAAACUGUCGAUGAUAACGUUCUCUUUACGUCUUUCGAAACAAACAAACGAUUACAUGAAGAAAACAAUAAUGUUGUUCAUCGUUAUCCGAAGAACGCAAGGCUUUGGCGAAGCCAUAGUCAAGGCUGCAUUAAGACAUGCAAUCACGAUCACCAUGCUCAUAUUUCAAGCUGGAAACAUGCAAUGAAAGUACAUCGGUCUCAUGUUCCAGAAGUUAUUCAAGAACCUUAUAUCGAAUAUGGAUAUCUUUUACCAUUCAUGCCAUGGAGUUACUACUUGAGAGGGCUUUACACUCCUUCCUAUGAGUUUAUGAAUGUGUGGACGCACCUUAUACCUUCAAUAUACUUUUUCUAUCUACUUUUUGCCUUUUCUCAGGAAAUCAACAUCAUUCAUGCUUGGCCAUUAUUUCUUGUUCUAACGGCCGGUACAAUGCUAUGUUUCUUCAGUGCCUCGGCCCAUUUAUUUCACUCCAAAUCAAGUCUUCACCAUAGUUGUUGGUUUGUUGCUGAUUAUUUUGGAAUCUCACUAUUUGCAUUCGCUUCACUUUCGACUAAUUUCUAUAGUGGAGCACAUCUCGAUUAUUUUAAAAUAUUUUCAAGUCACUAUCUCAAAAUUUCCACUUUGAUUGUGACCGUCGGUUAUACUUGCCUUUGUCUGACUCAAACUGGAGGGAAAUGGGUUUCUUUAAAGUUAAGUCGUCAAUUAAAAGUUUUUGUUAAUGGAUUUGGCUAUGCUUUUGGGGCUAUACCAUUAUAUUUAAGAAUGUACGAAAAUUUCUCCACCGGUAAAUUCGAAGAAUCUUUAUGGUGGCAUGGUAUUGCAUUACCUUCUAUGUUUCUUGCACCGGCCGUAUAUGGGCUGGAUUUCCCACAACGAUUUUUUCCGGGAAAAUUUGAUGUAUUCGGGCAUUCUCAUAUGUGGUUUCACAUUUUAACUGCAUUUGCUGCCUAUUGUGAAGUUUGGGGAGUGUAUUAUGAUGUCACAGAAGGGCCAUGGAGUGUCUUGCAACAACAGGAAGAAUAUCCAACACUAUUCGAAAUAUGUGUUUAUUAUAUUAUCAUUGUAAUGUAUGGAUACAUUGUUGGAAAAGUCAUCCAUUCUUCUGUUAAAGAUGAUCAUGUACAUGAGGAACCUUUAUUACAAGGUAAACACCUUUGUUCGUGUGGGCUUCCUGAAACAGCGAGAAUUAAUCAUCGAGCUCAUAGAAUAUCAAGAAUAAAGUCUGAAUCAAAUAUCUAUCUUCAAGAAAUAUCAGAAGAGGAAGGAGACUAGUUAAUAUAAUUGCACAAGAGAGUUUUUGUUUGUGAAACUUGAUUGAAAUGUUUUUUUUUUUAUGAUGAUUUGGUAUAAGUUGUAUAGUUAGUGUGUAAAGCUUUUAAAUUUUCCCUGUUUUUGUUUUAAAAAUAAUGCAUUUUCUGUUUUGCAAUAUUUUAUAUGUUUUGGUCAUUCUUACAAAAAUUUCAAAAAUAUGGAUGUACUCUAUCCAGUUCUUUCUUAACUGAAGGAGAUAAUAAUAAUAGUACUGUAUCAAAAAGAGUUGCCCAUAAUCUCAAUCUUCAAUUCUUUUGAAUUUGUUUUUCAAAUUCCAUCUUGAGUUUAGAAUAUAGUAAACUUUAACAUUGUUCUACCAAUCUCCCACAUGAAAGUACAUUUUAUUCGAAAAUCUUUAUAAAAAUUCAUGAAAUGUGAAUAUUCUAAUAAUUUGAGUUUUUGAUCAUAUUAGAUUCUUCAGUCACCUAAUAUACCUCAUGGCCGUGUUGUCACAGUGCUAAAUUUUAUUACACUUAUAAUUUGAGUAUAAAUCAGAUAAAAAAGAUCUUGUGGAUGCAAACGUGCAUCAAAAUAUCUUCUAAAAAAGUAUUUAGAUAUUUUUUUUGCAUUUGCAAUGUAUAUAUGUUAUUUCCUUCUUCACAAAUUUCUAUUUGCUUUUAUGAUACUAAUGAUAUUUUAAAUUUUUUUUCAUCUUUUUUUUCUAGUUUUUUCACCAGCUUUUGAUGUCUUAUGUUGUCAGGCACUUGAUAAAUACUACUAUUGUUUCUUAUUGUCUGGUUAGUUUGCACAGGUCUUUGUGCUCCUUUAUUAUCAUAUUAAUUUAAAAAUAAAUAAAAGGUAUUUUAUUAUAUUUCUGAAAUGGGGCAAUUUUCCCUUAAUUUGGUUAGAUAACAAUAUUUUUUUUUUUUAAAUAUACUUGAUCAAAAAUGGAUAUAAAUCAUGAAAGAAACAGAAAACUCACAACUCACAGAAAACUGCCAAAUGUUAUGUGUCAGGAUUGUUCUACAAAUUUUAUAAAAAAUAAU